AUGGCCUCCUUCAACACAAAUGUUGAUCAUAGUGAAAACCGAGCUACGAAUAUGAAUGUCAUUGGUUGGUUCUUCACCGGCGUUGCAAUCGCAACAGUUUCCUUGAAGCUAUUUGCCCGAAUUGGUAGCAAGCGGUUUGGCUGGGAUGAUUUUUUUAUUUUUUUAUCGAUGGCUCUCAGCAUCAUUGCCAUGGCACUCGUCUCUUAUUCGGCCACUCUUGGUCUAGGUCGGCACACUGCAACUGUAGUUGCUGAAUAUGGCAUUGAGAGAUACGAAAAAUCAGCCUACUGGCAGAUUAUUGGAUUUCCUUUCAACAUUGGAGCGUUUAGCUUCCCCAAUAUCUCGAUUGCCAUCCUGAUCGUUCAGCUGCUUGACCCCAACCCACUUCGUGCAAAUCUCUUAUACGCCAUGGUUAUUUUCCAGGUCAUAUUGGCCAUGAUAUACGUUUUCAUCGUCUUUUUUCAAUGCAAACCCACCGAAAAAAUGUGGAACUCUUCCAUUGAGGGCACAUGUUGGAGCUCGGAUAUUUUCAACGGCUUUUCGUAUUUGGUCAGCGCAUAUACAACUAUGACGGAUAUUGUUUUGGCUAUUGUACCAAUUUCUGCAUUCUGGAAACUGCAAAUGCCGUUUUCGACAAGACUGAGCGUCUGCAUUAUGAUGGGAUUGACACUGCUUUCCGCGGUUGUUACGAUUAUUAAAGCAACAUAUUUGAACUUAUUUACCGACCACACUGAUCCUCUUUUCAAGGUGGUGCCGUUGGUUCUUUGGGGAGUGAUUGAGCAAAAUGUUGUCAUUGUCGCCGCUUGUAUCCCGACACUCCGCCCUUUAUUCCGCAAGGCAUUCGAGUCUACCACUGGAUCCUCUGGUGAAGCCACUUCACAAAGAGAAACGCGCUGCGGCUUCAAACUCGCAUACAGUUCCAUACAAUCUCUCUCGAAGCGGACAUUAUCUGUGACGGAAUUACCUCUUAAGGACAGGCAGCAAUCCUAUGAUAUCGAGAGUAGUAGUAGCCAAUUUGGCAUAUGGCGGACGAGAGAGGUAAUGGUGGAAAGUGACGACGAUAGGUCUUUCGAACGCGGCGUUGGAAGGACAGAUAAUUCAUUUAGGGGAUUGUCACAGGAACCUUCCCCCCUUAGCUAA